AUGCCCCUUGAGCCCAUAAAGUUCAAAUCCUGUACUGGACAGAUUCAAGCUAUAGGUGCAAUAGUCAUACAAAACUGCACGAUCACAGCUGAGCCAGCUCUGGUCGCCAUCAACCCACCACGCAACAAGGCGUUCCUCGGACGACCAGGGAAGAUGUACUCAAGGACCAUAGUGAUGCAAUCUCAAAUUGAUGGAUUCAUUGAACCUGAAGGAUGGACUCCAUUUGCUGGUACCUUUGGACUUGAGACUUUAUAUUUUGUUGAGUAUCAAAAUAGGGGUCCAGGUGCAAAUACUGAUAAAAGAGUAACUUGGAAGAAUUACAUUAAGAACCCUCCACAAGAUGUUGUUGCUAAAUUUGCCCCAGGAGUUGUACUUAAAGGUGGCGAUAAUACUGAUGGAUGGGUUAAGAAAACUGGUGUCCAAUAUGAACCAGAGAUGAUGAAGAUGUAAAAAAGUUUGUAUAUCUUCA